AUGACGGCAUCGGCCAGUACAGAAUCUUUGUCGCCUCCCGGCGCAGAGCGCAUCAACAAUCACUACCACCAUCAGUACCACGGCUCGUCAACAACACAACAGGACACAUCACAGCAGCCGCAGAACAACCAUCAGUCACCGGUGCGAUCGCAGCAACCCAACGUGCCACAGAAACUUCCUGCCGGUAUGUCUGGUGGCUUUGCCCAGCAACAUCCGGUGUUGUCGGCCAACGCCAUGAAACCACCACCGCGGCCAACGGCGGCAUCAACAGCGAUGUCCGGUGGUGGAGGCUCUAGGACGAAACAGUCCGAUCGCACCUCGACUACCUCGCUACCGUCGCGUGUUUCACAGAUGUACUACAAACAUGGGCUGUUUUUGUCCACUUAUCCCACGACAGCUACUAGUUUUGCACUUGCCAUCAUCAUCUUUUGCUGUUAUCCACUCUUAAAUAUUCCCUUGCCGGGAACGAUUCCAACCAAAGUGAUAUUCCCCUACACUGAAAGCAUCAGCGAUAAUCUGCACCUUAACAACGCGAAUCUAACGAACGAGUUCUACAAUCCGUUCAGCUUCUCCAGUGGCAACAUGUUCAACAUCUACAACAUCAGUAUGGAAACGCAGUUUCCCUGGGCCCGAAUAGAUCCGUUGCUGUAUGUGCAGCAAAUCAUAUUGCGUACAAGUGUCGUCCCGUGGGAAGACGAUCUGUUACUGACCGACGCCUUCCGUGGACCGCUGUAUGAAGUGUUCAAGUUGGUCGAGAUCAUCCGUAACCACGAGGAUGACAGCAAAACCACACUGGGAAAUAUCUGCUUGCACGUGGAAAAUGUUAAACGUUCCUCACAACAGGCUCUAUUUCCUGAGUACAACUGUUUGCUACUCUCGCCGGCUAAUCUAUGGCAGCAAAACAUGCAAAACUUCAACAAGGAUAGCAAUUUGCUGAACACCGUCUUUGUCAAUCAUAAUCUUCAAAAGUCAAAAGUUUCGAAUGCAGAAAUGCUGUUUGGUGUUCCAUUACGUGACACUGGCGUGAAGCGAUAUCCUAUGCGAGUGCGACCGCGAAUAAUACAAUAUGCGGUCACACUGAUUCUCCGUGAAAACAACCCGGCUUACAUCGAAUCACUAAAGAAAAGGCUGACAGAGUCAUACCCGCUGCAUCAGCAGGAACCGUCGGUUGAUGGUGACAGUUCUAGCACGGGUUCGGCUUCACAACCGCAUCCACAGCAAUCGAUCAUGUACAUGUUUUAUCCAGGCGAGUUCAACUGGAAGGAGGUGCUACCCCAGUGCAUCGCGUUUUGUGUCCUGUUCAUUUAUGUGUACUUCUCCGUACGGAAAAUCGAAGCCAUUCGAUCGCGCAUCAUGCUGGCAUCCUGCGCCGUGCUGACGGUCCUUGGCAGCUUGCUGAUGUCGCUGGGAUUGUGCUUUUUCUUCGGACUCACCAUAAGCUUCCAGUCGAAGGGAGUAUACCCGUACCUUGUCAUAUUGGUUGGACUGGAGAACGUGCUCGUCAUCACAAAGAGCGUUCUCACGACUGAUAACAAUCUCGAUGUAAAGAUACGAGUUGCCCAAGGACUGAGCCGAGAAGGUUGGUCGAUUACCAAGAACUUGUUGACAGAAAUCACCAUACUCACUGGCGGGCUGGCAACAUUCGUGCCAGUCAUUCAGGAGUUCUGCAUUUUCGCGAUGGUUGGUUUGGUGUCGGACUUUCUGCUGCAGAUGCUGUUCUUUGCCACCGUACUGGCGUUGGAUAUCAAACGCGUUGAGUACAGUGCGGAGGUGCGCCGAUUGCCAAAGAUGUUGUAUUUUAACAGUGAUUUACGGCGUGGAGCCGGUGGCAAUGGUGGAGGAACGAUGCCCUCUCGAGAUGCUAGGAAUGGUGGUGGAUCAAUUAACCGCUCCCGGUCUCACCCUAAGCUGACUGGAUUGGAUCAAUCCUCAGGGCACCAGAAGAACGGAUCCGGUACGGGGAAGGAUGUAAAAAUUCCUAAGCGCCUUCGAAUCGUCAAUUUUUGGGCAAGGACGCGUUUUUUCCAGCGUGGAUUUAUGAUUUGGAUGGUUCUGUGGAUUUCAAACAUUAUCUACAACGCGGGUCUGAUAGAGGAGUUGUUUGUUAUCGACAAAAAUCUCACCAGCCACGAGCCUACGUCUUUAGAUGGAUCAUCUCGGUUUGAUGGCGUCCGUGUGGACGUCCACGAGCUUGGAAUUGCAAGCACAGAAUCCUACGCUGCCCGGGCGCUCGAGAUGGAUCGAUUAAACUAUCACAAACUUCCGGAUGCCAGCACGCUGGGUGGUGCAAAUGGAGCCAGUGACAAGGGAGGAGAACAACGACCUCUCAAUGUAACGGAGCAGCUGCAUCGUUUGAAGCAUCCUGAUUAUGAAACGGUGUAUCAACUAUCGAACUUCCACUGGGCGUCAAUAUUGAAGCAGUACAACGUGUCUCUCAGUGGUCGGUACGUCACCGUUCUGCCAGCUAUAAAACUGUCCCACGCCGUUAGUCCUCAAACGGCAAUUCAGCUGCGAAAUGCGGAGGAAAAAGCGCCACAUCAUUUCCAGUGGAAGGCACUGGCCGUAGCGUUAGAUCCUUUGGACUUUAGUGAUACCGAUACGGGAGACGGAUCGCAUAUGCCCAUCGGAAAUGCACCGUUCUAUCCAAAAACUCCUAUGGAAAUCCUGCUUACCUGUCUACUUCUCGGGGUCAGCACUUUUAUGGUAACUUAUACGAUGAUAGUGCUUUACCGGUGCGUUUGUACUCGCAACUAUGCCGAAUGGCGGGCAAGUUGGCACGAAAGUGACAGCGAGACGGAUUCAAAGCCGGAACAAUACUUGUUGGAAGGAGUCCCAAUUCAAGUGAACGGUCACGCGCAUCGAGUUGAAUGUCUCGUUACGGAUGGUAAUAUGAUCGCUAGUUCGUGCCUUCAGGGACAGGUUAAGGUUUGGGACAUCACUAACGGAGAGCUGAUGGCUGAAAUAGACAGGCAGCACUACUUCGAACUCCAGCAAGUUCGUGUAAGCUCAUCAUCACCUCAGACACCUCCAUCGCCGUCCACGACGAGCACUCCACUGGUUUCAUCAGGUGUAAUGCUGCGUAACGACCAUGCCGACCACAUCACGGGAGUACAAGAAGUACUUCAGGCUGAAGCAAACGCUCCCAACUCCAGUUCACUAUCAAGCGCAAACGUCGGAUCUGCUUUUAAGUUGAAGAAGAAGCUUCACUUUAACUUCUCCAGCUUGGACAACCCGGCAGCGAACACGUCAUCGGCUGAUCCGAAACUUUUUGACUUCCAGGCGCAAUAUGAACGAUUUUUCACUUCCUGUCCACCGCCAGCGGCGGGUAGAAGAUCUGUUAGUGGUGACUACUCGUCCAUCGGAAGCCUUGCUGGUGGAUCCGACCUUCGGAAUCGCUUUGCCCCGAACGGAUCGAUAUCUUCGUCGUGGGCAACAGAAUCGCACACCUCGCUGGAAGACCCGUCUGCGAACAACCACUGGAUGGCUCGGCCCACGGCGUUAUCCAGCGAAUGUCCACGACCACCCGGAAGUCCAAAGCAAACCCAUCAUUAUGUGUCGCCCGUAUGGUGUCUGGAUUUUCUCGACAAUCUCAUCGUCAUUGGGUGUGCGAAUGGGCGGUUGGAAUUUUGGGAAGGAAGCAGUGGUAGUUUUAAGUGCAUUCAUGAGGCCGAACCUUUGCACAACAACGGAGUGACCAAUAUCAAGCUGACUGGAGAUCGCGUUAUAGCUGCCCGGUUGAGUGGACGAAUCGAUUUCUUCCGGCUGGAAACGUACACCCAGGGAAGGCAAAUCGAUUGGGGCUUCACGUCUGCCUAUCGCAGAACUCACAUCCGUACUGGUUCAGCUGGUAGUUUGGGUUCAUUACAAGCAGCCAUGGGCACAGUUGGGACUGGUCCCCAUUCCGAUUCAGAGGAAUUACGUUGUCUGCUAGAGUUCCAGCACUCGGGACAUCAACAGCCGGUAACUUGUUUGGAGGUGGCAGGAAACACCGUCAUGACAGGCAGCCAAGACCAUACGCUUAAAGUGUACCGUGCCGACAACCAUCUGCUGUUGUAUACGCUACACGGCCAUUGUGGACCCAUCACGUGUCUUUUUAUCGACCAGUGGCAACCUGAGAUGGCCGGAUCUGGUUCGCAGGAUGGAUUGCUUUGCAUGUGGGAUCUCACUACCGGUGCUUGUAUGUACAAAAUUCAAGCGCACGAUGAUUCAAUCGUUGCUCUCGUUGGUUCACCCAGCUACGUGAUAUCGCUCGGAUUAGACGAACGAAUUCGUGUCUGGGAUCGGUUCCAGGGUCAUCCUUUGAACACCAUUGCUGUGUCACAUGCAUAUUCUGCUCUGGUGAUGUUAACACCUUCUCUACUCGUAACCGGCAAACCAGGAGCACUGGUUGUAUGGGAUGCUCGUAGUGGUGAGGUUGCCCGGGAAGUUAAGUUAGAUUGCUCCAACAUGCAGCUUUGUCCAAAGGUUAUGCUCCCGGCAUGUGGUUCGGUGAUAUGCGACUAUGGAAGCCAGAUGCGCAUUGUCAGGUUUCCACUCGUCGCCGCCGAUAAGUGCGACUAA